UUGGUGGCAGAAUUUCACUUCACCAGGGCUGCUGCACAAGACCAAAGGCCGGCUGAGGAAAACUUCAGAGACGGAGAACCUUGACAUUCUGUGUACGUGGUCAGGGGGCUGCAGCUGGUUUCCCUGCAGGAGAAAGCUGGCCGCCUCCCAAACUCAAGUCUGGCACUGGAGGCAAUAAAAAGGCAGAACAUUGUAGUCCAAGCUGGCUGUGUGGCGGUGACGCGGCGGACAAGCAUGGACAACAGAUCUGUCCAGAGAAGACGGAGCAGUGGUGUUCUGCAUCUGCUGCUGGCAGCCGCUUUCCUCACGUGCAACUCCCAACUAUUGCUGGUGGACGCAAACUCUUGGUGGUCUCUGGGUCUGACCCCAAUCCAACGGCCAGAAAUGUACAUAAUUGGAGCUCAACCUCUCUGCAGUCAACUGUCAGGUCUUUCACAGGGGCAGAGGAAGCUCUGCCAGCUCUACCAGGAUCACAUGACCUACAUUGGAGAUGGAGCCAAAACAGGCAUCAAAGAGUGCCAGUAUCAGUUUAGACAGAGAAGGUGGAACUGCAGCACCGUGGACAACACAUCCGUGUUUGGACGAGUCAUGCAAAUCGGCUCUAGGGAAACGGCGUUCACGUAUGCCAUCAGCGCAGCCGGCGUGGUCAACGCCAUCAGCCGGGCGUGCCGCGAGGGCGAGCUGUCCACCUGCGGCUGCAGCCGCACCGCCCGGCCUCGAGACCUGCCGCGGGACUGGCUGUGGGGCGGCUGCGGCGACAACGUGUACUACGGCAAGCGGUUUGCCCAGGAGUUUGUGGACGCUCGGGAAAGGGAGAAGAAUUACCCGCGGGGGUCCAGAGAGCACGCUCGGACGCUGAUGAACCUGCACAACAACGAGGCUGGAAGACAGGCUGUGUACAACCUGGCAGAUGUUGCCUGUAAGUGUCACGGCGUCUCGGGUUCCUGCAGUCUGAAAACCUGCUGGCUCCAGCUGGCCGACUUCAGGCGUGUCGGGGAGUUCCUGAAGGAGAAAUACGACAGUGCUGCAGCCAUGCGGAUUGGACGCAAGGGAAGAUUGGAGCUUUUAGACAAGCGCUUCAACUCGCCCACCCCGGAGGACCUGGUCUACAUCGACCUGAGCCCGGAUUACUGCCACCGCAACGAAACGACCGGCUCUCUGGGCACGCAGGGGCGCUUCUGCAACAAAACCUCUGAGGGGAUGGACGGCUGCGAACUGAUGUGCUGCGGCCGAGGAUACGACCAGUUCAGGAUCUACAAGCACGAGCGCUGCCACUGCAAGUUCCACUGGUGCUGCUACGUCAAAUGCAAGCGCUGCUCGACGCUGGUGGACCAGUUCGUGUGUAAAUAGCUGGGCGGCGCAGGUGGAAAGAGUUGAGAGGGAAGAAGUGACGAUGGAGGGUGGAUGUGAUUAGUCAGGGUUUUGCAAAGGAUUUGACACACAUGCUCAGAUUCCCAUAAAUUCCUGCUGCGUUCCACAUGAAGUAAACUGUUACACGACACCUGUGUGAUCAGAGGCAGAAGCAGGAGUUGGAUAGAAAGGUGAUCUUGAUCGGAGGAGCGAUUAAAAAUGAUAAACAAACAUCAAUGAGGAUGAGUGAAUCCAGAAGGAAAAUACUGUUUUAAAAGUACAACACAGAAAUAACUGUGAGAUGAAUUUAUAACGUAUAUAUAUAUAAAUAAAUAAUAAAUAACUUGCAAUUUCUAUUAUUUAAAAAAGAUUAAUGAAAUGUUUGCGAACUGCAUCCACUGCCUCCGAACAACUGUAAGUAAAACAGAAUGAACAAAAGCUGCUUUUGAUUUUUGGAGGAUAUUUUUAAGAUCUAAAAAAAAAAAAAUUAUAGUUUCACGAGGAGUUUUAAACGGCUGCUUUAAUAAACGAUCCGAUGCACCGUCCCGUACCGUCUCCACGUCUGCAUUAACCUGCUGAUGCAGCCGUAUUUGCCAAACAAGCAGCUUCUGCACCACAACCUUCAGCUGUCAGCCGUGAGAGCAAAGCCUCCAUUAGGGAAAAUUAAUGUCCCGGGCCUUAAUGAAGCAACGUUCACGGAGAACGCAUGUCUCUAUAUCCCGUACAACUUAAGUCAGAAAAACGGCACCGAUUUCCCCUAACCGUCAUGACUUAACGCAAAAUUAUUAAUGUGUUUAGACGAGGACGAGUCAUGCCGUGGGAAAAAUGAACAUGUGAAUGAGCAGAAAGGACUGCAAUUUACAUUUAAGAAAUACUAGAUAAAAUAUAUUUUAUUACUGCUAUUCAUUUCCUGUUCUCUGUAUUUUAUACAUGUGCAUUAUUGUGUAUCCCUCUGAUAAACUAGUUGUUGAAAGUGA